UAACAAAUUUCUUCAUACACAAAGCUUACGUAAUCCUUCGAACCCGUAUCUUAGCAAAGCUGCUAAUAAUACUUAUCCUCCAUAGAACAGAGAAGAAGAAGAAGAGGAAGAAGCAGAGGACGCAGAAAGCCGAGAUGAGUCUCGUCAUCACGGAAGCCGCCAUCACCGGCUUCAUCAACAACGCUCAAGUCUUCAAAUCCUCUAUCGAAAACCGAUUCGCAAGCCUCGACGCCAACGGAGACGGCCUCAUCUCCUUCAUGGAGAUGGCGAAGGAGCUGAUGAGUUUGGGGAUGUUGCAUACUUGUUUCGAUGUUGAUGAAAUCGGUUUAAGCCAUCCCGAGCUCGUCGAGCUUCAUCGCGAUAUUUUUUCCCGCUUUGACAGCGAUGGGAGCCGCGCUGUGGAUUUGGAUGAGUUCGGGGAGGAGAUGAAGGAAAUGUUAAUAGCGGUGGCGGAUAGGAUUGGGACGUCGAAGAACAGGAGUUGGAUAUACGCGAAGCUGUAGAGGUCUCUUCACUGCUAGGAGGGGAAAUAUGAAAGCUUCGAGAAUGCCCAACCCAACAUCUUAUGAUAAUAGCUGCAUUCGGUUUCCUGUUCUAUGAUAAUAAGUGCUG